UAACCCUGAGUUAAACAUUAAUCACAGAAACAUGAUUCUGAUCUGACUUUUACACACAGAUGUCUUUUUGUUUUCUUGAACUAAGCAAUGGGAGAAAUCUUCAUAAAGAACAUGAAAAUAGGACACCGCAAUCUCUUUGGGAUGCAGUUUUCUUGUGAAAACGGAACUGAAGUCUCACUUUUGUCACUAUAAAAAUCACUUUAAUCCUCCUUAGUUAAAUUAUUGGAGAGAUCCGCAGAAUCAGAGAAGGUGAUCAGAAGACUGAAAUCUGAUGAGAAAACAUCAACAUGUCUUCCACCGACAACACAGUCUCCAGUGAUAUAACAGAUCCAAAUCUAGACGCUGCCCUGGACACUUCUCCAGAAAUGGACAGCUUUCCUGCUGUAGAAGGACAGAACACCAAAGACGACAUCAACCAAACUCAACACAAGUCAAAUCAAGAGGAUAAUGAACAGCUUGGAGAAGAAGGGAAUACUGCUGGUCAAGCAGACAUGAGUGAAACACAUGAACUAUGUGACUCUGAUUCAUCAGUAAACAGCAUAGAUAACAUAUUUCCCAAUUUAACUAUUGUAUUAACUGGAAACACUUCAGCAAUCCACUGUGGUCAAGACAACAUUCUACUGAAAGAAAACCUGAAUAUUGAAAAUGUAGAAAUAUCCAGGAUUGUUCCUUUAAAGAUAAAGAUAUCAAACCAUUACGUUUCACUGAUCAACAUGACUGGCUUACAUGAGGAUGAACUUUACCCAAACUGUGUGGAUCACAUUGGUCAACUAGUGAAUGAAAAUGAAAUCAGUGCCUUCAUCUUUGUUGUACGACUGGACCAGUUAACAGAUGCUGAUAAGAUGGGCCUUGAAUGGUUACAGAAAGUAUUUGGUGACAGAGUUCUUCGUUUUGUGAUGAUUCUCUUCACCUAUGAGACGAAAGAAGAGCGUGACACUAUAAAAGAUGAUCUGAAGGAAACCCCUGCUCUGGAGAUACUGGAGAAAUGUGGAGGAAGAUAUCACACCUGCAGCAAGCUGAUGAACAAGUUAUCUGAGAUUAAAAAACUGAUGAAAAAGAUUGACUGUCUAUUUAAUGAGAAUCAACAGCAGUGCUACACUGGAGAUAUAUACAAAACUGCAUUAAGACAGACAGAAGACUUGAACGACGGUACAUUUCAAAGUGAAGAAACCACAGAUGAUAAAGGAACAAUGGAGGACACCACAACAUCAGAGACUGGAGAAAAGCACAUGGUGAGUGUGUGA